AUGAUGGCUUUUGGGGAAACACUUGGAGAAUCAAACUAUUCCCGACAGAAAGCGAAAGACUUGGCCAAGAAAUUCCUUCCAGGUUUGUAACGUUUUUUUUUGGAAAUUCGAAACAAAAUAUUCCAUUUUUCAGGCGAAUUAUGCUGUGUUUGUGGAGAUGUCGCAUCUGGAAUUCACUAUUCGGUGCCUGCUUGCAACGGGUGCAAAACGUUUUUUCGUAGAGUCGUUUUAGAAGUCAGUUUUCUGUUUUGCACGUAGCACGUAAAAAUCGAUAAUUUUCAGAAUCGUACAUAUUCAUGUAAAAAUAACGGAGAUUGUAUAAUUGACAAGUCGAUGAGGUGUUCUUGUCGACAUUGCCGGUACAAAAAGUGCAUUGUCGCCGGAAUGGAUCGAGCAGGUAUUGAAAAUAGGUAAAAUUUUCGAAAACCUAAAAAACCUGUUUAGAACUGAGCAUGGAACGAAGGAGGAAACGAAAAAAGAUGAAUGGACUAGAAGGUUCCGAACCGAGUUGGGAAACUUGUGAUCCGCUCAUCAACCUGCUGCUGUCAAAAGAAACUUGGUACGUUUUCGCGACAAAAUUUUAAAAAAUUCUACUGAGCUCUCGUGUUCAGGUAUCAAAAAUUAUUGCACUCGGCUGCAAUGACGAUCCACACGUCGCUGAGAGAAGCCCUGGACAUGAACUUUAUUGCGUUCAACGACAAAAAUAACAAAGUACGUUUGUUAAUGGUAUGUUCUCCUAAAAAUCGUACAAUUUCGAUUGAUACAUCGAUAGUCUGCAAUGAUUCAGUCAUUUUUCAGUACGACGCACGGAUGGAUCCAAAGUAUCCCACAAAUUUUUCGUAUUGGAGAGCCAAAAUCCUCACGGUGCUUGUGGAAUGGGCAAAAUCGUUUGAAGUAUGCUUUUCACGUCUUUUCAUUCACUAACAUCGAACAUUUUUAGGUGUUCAGUCAUCUUUGCGCAGAAGAUCAGAAACGGCUGUACAUUCACACAGCUUUCUCGAACUUGGUGCUAGCAGAAGCAUUCCACACGCCGGAAAAGUACACGGAUAGGAUAGUAUUCCCAGAUGGGCUCUGCGGGUACGUGACUUCCGCCCAAACAUCAGUUGACUAUGACUCAUAUUCAGAUUCCGGAAUGUAGCCCAAUCAGUGUCAAGUGACGGAGUGUCGAGCAAAACAUUUGGAUUAACGCCCACGGUUGUAGCCGUUAUAAACGACGUACUUGUUCCAAUCAGAAGGAUGAGAUUGACUAAAGUGGAAUACGUCUUACUCCAAGCAAUCAUCUUCUUCGAUCCCGGUACGUUUUCUGACAUUUCCUUGGAAAAAGCAAAAAAAAGCAAAAAGAAAUCCGUCGAGCCGGAUUCGAACCAGCGACCUAAGGAUAACCACUGACUCUACAGUCCUCCGCUCUACCAACUGAGCUAUCGACGGCACGAAAGCAGCGGAGACGGGUGUAGAUGAAAUAGAGGGGUAAAGGGAGGAGUGGAGGCCGUCUCGCAGCACUCUCGUUUCUCUGUGUGUGAGAGAGAAGGUGAUGGUGGCCGAGUUUCGGUGGCCUAGGGUUCCCCAUUUCUUUUUGUGACGACUUGGAAAUGAAAUUUGUGGUUUUAUCGAGAGAAUUCCGCAGUUUUUUUUUUGGAAAAAAAAAAGAAAAUGAAAAAGGUUGUCCCUGCGAAUGAAAAAGCCCAAAGGAAAGUCAAACUUCGAGUUUCCGCCAGGUGGCCAGGACUAUAACCCAGUUACCAGUCUAUGACAAAUUGUAGUCUACGCACCUGUCACGGGAUAACUCUUUUUGCGGAGCUAAUCAAAUGACUUUGCUCACAUAAGUUACGAAACUGCAAGUCGUCGCGUGACGUGGAGCUGGACGAUUUGAGACGAUUGGACAUCAUCUGAAGACUAAUCGGCUUUUAGAUGAUCCUCGCAUUAGACCGAUGGCAUAUCCGGUUGAUCAACACAUUUUCAGUAUCUUAGGGAAUUGAAACGUCUUACAAAACAGCAGAAAACAACCUCGAUCAUUUGCACCGUGACCGAAAGUGUUCUUUGGAUACCGAUGUUUGAUUCCGAUCUGUCUAAAACCGGUUUCUGAAAUUUUUGAAGACCCGGAAGUUUUCUCAGGGUCAAAUUGUUACAAAAAGUGCAAAUUUUGUACGUAGUUGACCCCGAUGCGCUGUUACACCGAUAAGCGCGAUCAUUUGAACAUAUAUAUAUCCGAAGUGAGAAAUCGAGAAAUCAUAUGAACACAUUUGAGAAAUCGAAGUCAAUUACAUCUAAAAUGUGUAAAGUGAUCUCAAAAAGAAUCAUAAACCUUUUUUUUCAGAUUGUUUGUCACUAACUAAUCAUGGAUCCCAACUGAUUGCCGCCAAAAGAAAGCGGUUAUUGAAUUCCCUCCAGCGUUGGCUCCAACAACAGACAAAAGAUGCCAACGAAUCGGCGACCAGAUUCGCCGAAAUUCUGCUCAGAAUAUGUAAUGUACAGGUGAGUUUUCAACUGAACAUGAUCAUUGUUCCAUUUUCCUCGUAUUUUAAUCUCAGUCGCCAGAAAUACGAACGAAAAACAUAAUAUUCUAUGGGAUUAUUGUUAUUUCCACAGCUCAUUUCAAAAGUCAUAUUAGCCAACAGUUCAAUGAUUUUGUUGUGAAUAUCACCAAAAGAGGAUACAAUUUUCAGAAAGUGGCAGCGUUCAAGCGUGAAACGUUGUGCACUAUCGAAACGUUCGAACUGAUGCAGCCUCAUCCGUUUACAAUGGAGAUCUCGAAAAGUUAUCCGGAAUUCUCAUACUUCUAA